AAGCUACACCUGACCCGGAAGUGUUUGUCCCAUUGUAGGAAGUUUUCCGUUAGAACCGACACUGAUUGAACGUAAGGGACCAGAAGAGUGGGAAACCAGAACGGUAUGGACUCUCCAGGCAGAAGUCGAAGUCCUAGUCCUGUGCAGAAAAACCAAAGUGGACCUUCAGAGGACGAGUCUAGUCCGGCAGCACAGGGGCCGCAACAAGCUGCCUCGGUUGAGAGAAGCCCCAGAGAGAGGCCAUCGCCUCAGGCGAGUCCUGCAGCCAGGCCCCAUUCCACAAGCCCUGCCUCCAGCAGCUCAGAUGACAGCAGCAGCAGCAGUGAAGAUGAGGAUGAACAUCAAGGGACACUGAGGAAGAUUAGGAGCAGUGUGGCUCAGAUCAAAAGAUCAAGAUCCAAGUCUAGGUCCAGGGAGCAAGACAGAUCAGUAUCCAGAGAGCGAGACCGGUCUGGAUCCAGGGAGAGAGACAGGUCUGGGUCCAGAGGACGAGACAGGUCCGGGUCCAGAGGACGAGACAGGUCCGGGUCCAGAGGACGAGACAGGUCAAGAUCCAGAGGACGAGACAGGUCCGGGUCCAGAGGACGAGACAGGUCAAGAUCCAGAGGACGGGACAGGUCUGGGUCCAGAGGGUGGGACCGAUCCAGGUCCAGAGACAGAGACCGGGGGCGCUACAACAGAGGACACUAUACUCGGGAUCGCUAUGAUGAUCGGCGUGACAGUAGGGGUGGACGUUUCGACCGGCGGAUCGAUCGAGAUGCAGAGUCAGAUUACAGGAGACGAGGCCGCUCAGCCUCCCCUACAGACAAGGAGACCCCUGCAACUGAAGAGCCACCGGUCAAGAAGAAGAAGGAGGAGAUCGAUCCGAUUCUGACGAGGACGGGUGGAGCUUACAUCCCCCCUGCCAAGCUCCGCAUGAUGCAGCAACAAAUCACUGACAAGAGCAGCCUGGCCUAUCAGAGGAUGAGCUGGGAGGCUCUGAAGAAGUCCAUCAACGGUCUGAUCAACAAAGUCAACGUGUCGAACAUCGUCAUGAUCAUCCAGGAGCUACUGCAGGAGAACAUCGUCAGGGGGAGGGGUCUGCUGGCUCGCUCAGUGCUUCAGGCUCAGGGAGCAUCUCCGAUCUUCACUCAUGUUUAUGCCGCUGUCGUUGCCAUCAUCAACUCCAAGUUCCCUCAGAUUGGAGAGCUGAUCCUCAAACGCCUCAUCCUGACCUUCAGGAAGAGCUACCGCCGUAACCUCAAGCAACAGUGCCUGACAGCCUCAAAGUUUGUGGCUCAUCUCAUCAACCAGAAUGUGGCCCACGAGGUUCUGUGUCUGGAGAUGCUGACUCUCCUGCUGGAGCGCCCGACUGAUGACAGCGUGGAGGUCGCCAUCGCCUUCCUGAAGGAGUGUGGACUCAAACUGACUGAGGUGUCCCCACGAGGAAUCAACGCCAUAUUUGAGCGUCUGAGGAAUGUCCUCCAUGAGUCGGCUAUUGAUAAGAGGGUCCAGUACAUGAUCGAGGUGAUGUUUGCCAUCAGGAAGGACGGUUUUAAAGAUCAUCCAGUUAUCCCAGAGGGUCUGGACCUGGUGGAUGACGAAGACCAGUUCACCCACAUGCUCCCGCUGGACGAUGAGUACAACACCGAGGACAUCCUCAAUGUGUUUAAGAUGGACCCAGACUUCCUGGAGAAUGAAGAGAAAUACAAAACGCUUAAAAGAGAUAUCCUGGAUGAGGGCAGCAGUGAUUCAGGGGAGGAGGGAGACGGCAGCGACGAAGAUGAAGACGAUGAAGAGGAAAAUGAGGAGGAGGGAGAAGGUGAGAAGGUGACCAUCUUUGAUCAGACAGAGGUCAACCUGGUUGCUUUCAGAAGAACCAUCUACCUCGCUAUACAAUCCAGUUUGGACUUCGAGGAGUGUGCUCACAAACUGAUCAAGAUGGAUUUCCCUGACAGCCAGACGAAAGAGCUGUGUAACAUGAUCCUGGACUGCUGCGCUCAACAGAGAACCUACGAGAAGUUCUUUGGUCUGCUAGCCGGGAGGUUCUGUCUGCUGAAGAAGGAGUACAUGGAGAGUUUCGAGGGGAUUUUUUCAGAGCAGUACGAAACAAUUCACCGACUGGAGACCAACAAACUGAGGAACGUGGCUCGACUGUUCGCUCACUUGCUCUACACGGACUCUGUGCCCUGGAGUGUGUUGGAGUGCAUCAGGAUGAGUGAGGAGACCACAACGUCAUCCAGCAGAAUCUUUGUGAAGAUCCUUUUCCAGGAGCUCUGUGCCUACAUGGGCCUCCCCAGACUCAACCAGAGACUCAAAGACCAGACUCUGCAGCCAUUCUUUGAAGGUCUUUUUCCUCGUGAUAAUCCAAGAAACACUCGCUUCGCCAUCAACUUCUUCACCUCUAUUGGACUGGGAGGACUGACGGACGAGUUGAGGGAACAUUUGAAGAACGCCCCCAAGAUGAUCAUGACUCAGAACCAGGACGUUGAAUCAUCUGACUCUUCCUCAUCCUCUUCAUCCUCCUCUUCCUCAUCUGACUCCUCCUCCUCCGACUCCUCCAGCGAAUCUGAUUCAGACUCAUCAGACUCAGACUCCUCCUCCUCCAGCAGCAGCUCAGACUCUGACAGCAAACACAGAAAGAAGAAGAAGAGAAAAGAACAAAGUGAGGAGAAGAAAAACAAGAAGAAGACAGAGAAGGUCAAGAAGAAGAAAGACAAACCCUCUGACAAGAAGCGAGCCAGACGCAAGCACGAUGAUGAGGGCGAUAGUGAUGAUGAGAAGCAGGCAAGGAAGGACAGGAAGGGCCAUGCUCGCGAGGAGGAGCGUGAACGUGCACGUGUGACGGAGGAGCGUGAUCGUGCACGUGGGUCGGAGGAGCGUGAUCGUGCACGUGGGGCGGAGGAGCGUGAUCGUGCACGCGGGGCGGAGGAGCGUGAUCGUGCACGCGGGGCGGAGGAGCGAGAUCGUGCACGCGGGGCGGAGGAGCGAGAUCGUGCACGUGAGGGCACCCGCCGGAGCAGGCGAGAGGAAAGAUCAGAGGAGAAGGAGCCACAGGAGGAGAGGAGACGAAAAACGGACGUUCAAAGCAGACAAAGAGAUGGGGAGAGGGAGGGAGACAGAGGGAGGGAAAGGGACAGAGCGAGAGAGAAUGAGAAGAGGGAGAGAGAGGGAGAGAAGCAGAAGGAUAGAGAGAGGAAUAAAGAGAACAGAGACAGGAACAGAGAGGAGAGGAGGAGGAGAUAAAACUCUUGGUCUCCGUCCUGAAGCAGCAGUGAUGGACUGAUGACUGACGGACAUCUUUUCCUUCCGUCAUUCCUCUUUUUUACCUUAUCCUGUCACUCUCUGGUGUUUUGGAUGUGGGACCUGUGUCUCUCUCUCUCUCUUUCUCCGUCUGUAUUUUCUAUUAUUAAUUUUUGUUGAUGAUGAAAUGUGAGGAAAAAAAUAAUUAAAGUUGUUUCAGAUGUUUUUUGAAAUGAUUGUCUCAACUCUUUCAAGCUCCCAACUAAUUUCACACUAUUUUAUUUUACCUUGCAGUCAUAGCAAGCAGCGUUCAGUCAGCAACUGUCCUUCCUAGAAAAACAACCACAUCUGUCAUUGUAUUUUUUUAAACUGUUGAAGGUGUAGUUUGUCCUUUUGCAAAUAUUCUUAUUCACUGUAUUAUCAAGAAUUAAAGAAGAUUGAAACACUGUCA